GACAUCAAAAGAAGCAGGUUUAACUGUUAGGAAAUUACAAUCAAUACUUCGGGCUGUUGGAUCUUCAGAUGGUAACAUGGAAGAGGGUUCAUUACGAUGUGAUGUUAAUGUUUCUGUACAUGAACAUGAAACUCCUUAUGGAACCAGAUGUGAAAUUAAAAAUUUGAAUAGUAUUAAAUUCUUAAUGACUGCUAUUGAAAGGCAGAUAAAAGAAUUAGAAAAUGGUAAUAAUAUUGUGCAAGAGACCAGAGGAUUUGAUGUAGCAAAUAAUAAAACAUUUAGAUUAAGAAAAAAAGAAACCUCUACUGAUUAUAGGUAUCAAACUAUAUAA